CGUGAGACGACGCAGCAGUGAGAGUGGCACGGAGUGCGAAAAGGAGGCGCAUAACGGAGGCUCUCCGGCUGCGCGGUGCAGCGUCUUUGUGUCUGAAAGCAAAACAAAAAAAAAAAGAAAAGAUAAAAAAAAAUAAAUUCAGAAAUCUCGAUCUUCACUUUUGGGAUAUCAAGGGCUUCGCUUUUAUGGAUACAACGUAGCUCACGCCAGUGAACCGGUGGAUUUCAGUCUUCUUUUUUUUAUUACCCCCCUCUAAGGUUGAAAAAAGGGGAGGGGGGCGGAGUUGGGGUCGCCUGAGAGCCGUUUGGACUCGCUCUGAAAGGUCGCAGGGACGUCUUAUUUGAAGCCUUUCCCUACAUUGGGACCUUGGCUGCCUAGCCGGGUCAAGGGUCUUCAGCUGGCAUGCUGCAUCUACGCUGUCCUGGAAUGGCCGUUCUCUCAUCACUUGUGGCUCUGCUGCUCUUGUUUCUGAUUGGCUAUGAUGCUGUGUCGGUCCCCAUCUUCACAAAGGUGCCUGUUGACCAGAUCGGUGUCUCUGGUGGAGUUGCUUCCUUUGUCUGCCAAGCAACGGGAGACCCCAAGCCACGUGUGUCAUGGAUCAAGAAAGGAAAAAGAGUCAACUCCCAGCGUGUUGAGACAAUCGACUUCGAUGAGGGAGCAGGUGCGGUGUUGCGAAUCCAGCCACUCAGGACGCCACGUGAUGAAAACACUUACGAAUGCGUCGCUGAGAACUCCGAGGGCAAUGCAGUGACCACAGCCAAACUCUCCAUCCUCAGAGAGGAUCAGCUUCCAGCAGGGUUCCCGAACAUCGACAUGGGUCCCCAGCUGAAGGUGGUCGAGCGAACGCGCACCGCCACCAUGCUUUGUGCCGCCAGUGGUAACCCUGAUCCUGAAAUUACCUGGUUCAAGGAUUUUCUACCCAUCGAUCCAAGUACAAGUAAUGGAAGAAUUAAGCAACUGCGAUCAGAAGCCUUUGAAGGUACUCCAAUACGAGGAGCCCUGCAAAUUGAGAACAGCGAAGAGACGGACCAAGGCAAAUAUGAAUGUGUGGCAUCCAACAGCGCCGGCGUGCGUUACUCUUCCCCUGCUAAUCUUUAUGUGCGAGAGCUUCGAGAAGUGAGACGGGUGCCGCCUCGUUUUUCCAUUCUCCCGACGAGCCACGAGAUCAUGCCGGGCGGCAGCGUCAACAUUACGUGUGUGGCUGUAGGCUCACCCAUGCCAUAUGUAAAGUGGAUGCUUGGAGGGGACGAGUUAACCCCAGAAGACGAGAUGCCCGUCGGCCGCAACGUCCUGGAAUUGAACAGCGUGCGCGAGUCGGCUAAUUACACAUGUGUGGCCAUGUCCAGCCUCGGCAUGAUUGAGGCUGUGGCCCAGAUCACUGUCAAAUCUCUUCCCAAGCCUCCUGGUACCCCCAUCGUGACAGAAACCACAGCAACCAGCAUAACCAUCACUUGGGACUCUGGCAACCCAGACCCCAUCUCCUAUUACAUCAUCCAGUACCGGGCCAAAUCAUCUGACAGCAUCUAUCACAUUAAAGAUGGCAUAACGACCACACGCUACAGCAUCGGAGGGUUGAGCCCCAACACAGACUAUGAGAUCCGAGUGUCCGCAGUUAACACCAUUGGUCAAGGACCUGCAAGUGAACCUGUUGAAUCCCGAACUGGAGAGCAGGCCCCAGCCAGCCCUCCACGCAACAUCCAAGCUCGAAUGCUCAGUCCGAACACAAUGAUAGUCGCAUGGGAUGAGCCUGAAGAGCCGAAUGGGCAGAUCCGAGGAUACCGCAUUUACUAUACCAUGGAUCCAUCCAAACCAAUUAACUCUUGGCAGAAGCACAAUGUGGAUGACAGCCGCUUGACCACCAUUGGUAGCCUCGUCUCCCAAGAAACCUACACCAUCCGUGUUCAGGCUUUCACUUCGGUAGGUGAUGGACCUUUCUCUGAACCCAUCCACCUGAAGACACAACAAGGCGUCCCGGGCCAGCCAAUGAACUUCCGAUCAGAGGCUUUGUCAGACACCAGCAUUCGGCUCUCUUGGGACCCCCCACGUCAAGAAAAUAUUAUCAAGUACGACCUUCAUUACAAGGAGGGUGAACACGGCCAAGAGAUCCACGUCACCUUUGACCCUGGCACCUCAUACACCGUGACCGGCUUGCGUGCCAAUACCCUCUACUUCUUCCGGCUGGCAGCCCACUCGGAUAUUGGGUUGGGUGCCUCCACGGCUCAAAUCUCCCAGCAGACUUCUCAGGCCAAACCUUCCGCUCCCCCUCAAGACAUUAAGUGUUCAAGUUCAAGUUCUACCACCAUACGGGUAAGUUGGAAACCUCCCCCAGCCGAGCACCAAAAUGGCUUGCUGACGAGGUAUAGCGUGCGCUACCAGGCACUGGAUGGAGAAGGGACCAGCGUCAAGGAAGUGAAGGACAUCUCCCCAUUCAUCAAUGAGAUCUUCCUUGAAGGCUUGGAGAAGUGGACCGAAUACCGGGUCAGCAUGGUGGCCUAUACUGAAGUUGGACCUGGACCUGAGAGCGCUCCCAUAAUCGUCCGAACUGACGAAGAUGUGCCGGGAGCUCCUCCUCGGAAAGUUGAGGUGGAAGUGCUGAACUCCACUGCCCUGAAGGUCCUCUGGCGAUCGCUGCUGCAUAGUCGCCAACACGGGCAAAUCCGUGGCUACCAGGUCCAUUACGUGCGUGUGGAAAACGGUGAGGCACGAGGGCUGCCCCUUAUCAAGGACGUCAUGCUGGCCGAUGCGCAGUUGGAGACUGAUGAAACAGCUGAGUAUGAGAUGAUCAUUUCUGGCCUGCAGCCGGAAACCACUUAUUCGAUCUCCGUCGCUGCAUACACCACCAAAGGAGAUGGUGUCCGAAGCAAGCCCAAGCUGGUGGUGACAAAAGGGGCAGUUCCCGGUAGACCAGCGCUGUCCGUCCGGCAGAAUUCUGAAAACACCGCCUUGGUUCAGUGGCAGCCUGCCAUUCAUCCAGCUGUUCAAGUCCUGGGCUACCGCCUGCAGUUUGGACGUAAAGACGUCACACCUUUGGCCACACUGGAGUUCACCCCACAGGAGCUAGAGUACACCGUCAGUAACAUCCACAAGGGGGCCACCUACAUCUUCAAAUUGUCAGCCGUGAGUCGCUCCGGCUUGGGGGAGGAAGCUGUUCAGGAACUGAGCGUCCCAGAGGAGGUCCCUAAGGGUUACCCCCGAAUCUCUGAGAGUCAUAAUAUCAGCUGCUGCUCCGUCCAGUUUGUCUGGCUCCCUCCGGUACUUGCAGAGAGAAAUGGGGUCAUAACUGAAUAUACGGUGGCCUACAAGGAGUCAGGGAGCUCAGGUCCUCCUUUGGAAAUGACUGUGGCUGCUUCUGAGACCAGCUUGACCUUAAACAGCCUUAAACCCGACUCUGCGUAUGACGUCAAAAUCCGUGCACACACCAGUGUAGGUCCCGGGCCCUAUAGUCCUUCAUUCCAGUAUCGGACCAUGCCGCUGGAGAAAGAUGCCCCCAAGUAUUUCAAGGUCAAGCUCUCAAUGAAGACAUCAGUCCUUCUGACUUGGGAGUUUCCAGCUAAUCGUGGACCUUAUGCCUGCAAGAUCGAAUACAACGGUCAUAGUGUGGAUGUGGAUGCCAGGGCCACCAAAGCAUUAAUUACAAACUUGCGUCCCAACACAACUUACAGCUUCAAGAUGAUCAUUGGGGAAAACAACAUGGGUGGCCUAAGGCAUAAUAUACAGGUGCGGACCGCCCCACAAAUUCUGACCUCCAAACCCGUGCUGAACCGCAAGAUCGAUGGUGACGGAUCCAUUAACAUUGUGCUGCCUUCACUGGAAACCCUGAUACCAGUCAGAUACUACUACAUCGUUGUGGUGCCAUUGAAGAAGGUGCGAGGGGUGUUUCUGAAGCCCUGGAAGACUCCGGAUGAUAUGAAUCUGGAGGAUCUUCUGAGAGACAUCGGCCAACAUCGGCGGCGGCGGAGGAGAAGUAUGCGCUUCUCGCGUCAACUUGAAAUUCAGAAACCAUACAUCGCUGCCCGAUUCAAGACACUUCCGAACCACUUCACCUUGGGUGACCAGAUGGAGUACAAUGGCUUUGAAAACCAUCCUUUGGAGCCCGGCCAGGAGUAUAUUUUCUUUGUCUUGGCUGUGCUGGACAGUCCUGAAACGAAGAUGUUUGCUGCAAGUCCUUUCACAGAUCCCGUCUUGGCUCCUGACCUUGACCCCCAGCCCGUGGAUGGUGGAGAUGGACUUAUAUGGGUAGUUGGGCCAGUCUUAGCGGUGGUCUUCAUCAUCUGCAUCGUCAUCGCCAUCCUGCUGUAUAAGAACAAACCUGACAGCAAGCGGAAGGAGUCGGAACCGCGCACCAAGUGCCUGCUGAAUAACGCCGAGAUCACGCCGCAUCAUCCUACAGACCCCGUGGAGAUGAGGAGGAUCAACUUCCAGACCCCAGGCAUGCUCAGCCACCCACCGAUCCCUAUCAGUGACCUUGCCGAGCACGCCGAGUGCUUGAAGGCUAAUGACAACCUGAAAUUGUCACAGGAGUAUGAGUCAAUUGAUCCUGGCCAGCAGUUUACUUGGGAACACUCCAACUUGGAGGUGAACAAGCCCAAGAACCGUUAUGCCAACGUCAUCGCCUACGAUCACUCCCGGGUCAUCCUGUCUCCAAUUGAGGGUAUCAGCGGCAGUGAUUACAUCAAUGCCAAUUACAUUGAUGGCUACCGCAAGCAAAAUGCCUACAUUGCUACACAAGGACCUCUGCCUGAGACAUUUGGCGAUUUCUGGAGGAUGGUGUGGGAGCAGCGAGCCGCCACUGUGGUCAUGAUGACUAAAUUAGAGGAGAAAUCGAGGAUAAAAUGUGACCAAUAUUGGCCGAGUCGAGGUACAGAGACGUAUGGAAUGACCCAAGUCACUCUACUGGACACCAUUGAACUGGCCACUUUCUGUGUCCGAACAUUUUCAUUACACAAGAAUGGUUCGAGCGAGAAACGGGAAGUCCGGCAGUUCCAGUUUACAGCUUGGCCAGACCACGGCGUCCCAGAAUACCCCACACCCUUCCUAGCAUUCCUACGCAGGGUGAAAACCUGCAACCCACCAGAUGCCGGCCCAAUCAUCGUCCACUGCAGCGCUGGUGUUGGUCGAACUGGCUGCUUCAUCGUGAUUGAUGCCAUGUUGGAGCGGAUCAAGCAUGAAAAGACGGUGGACAUCUAUGGCCACGUGACCUUGAUGAGGUCGCAGCGCAACUACAUGGUGCAGACUGAAGACCAGUACAGCUUUAUCCAUGAUGCACUUUUGGAAGCAGUGGCCUGUGGAAACACAGAGGUGGCAGCUCGCAGUCUGUACAGCUACAUUCAGAAGCUGUCUCAAAUCGAACCAGGCGAACAUGUGACGGGCAUGGAGCUGGAGUUCAAGCGCCUUGCCAACUCAAAAGCUCACACAUCCAGGUUUAUAAGUGCCAACCUCCCGUGCAACAAGUUCAAGAACCGCCUUGUUAACAUCAUGCCGUAUGAAACCACCAGGGUGUGCCUGCAGCCGAUCCGAGGAGUCGAGGGCUCGGACUACAUCAACGCCAGCUUUAUUGAUGGCUACAGGCAACAGAAAGCUUACAUCGCCACACAAGGACCAUUAGCAGAGACGACAGAGGACUUCUGGAGAAUGUUAUGGGAAAACAACUCCACCAUCGUUGUCAUGCUGACCAAGCUUCGGGAAAUGGGAAGGGAGAAGUGCCAUCAGUACUGGCCAGCAGAGCGCUCGGCCCGCUACCAGUACUUUGUCGUCGAUCCUAUGGCGGAGUACAACAUGCCUCAGUACAUCCUGAGGGAGUUUAAAGUGACAGAUGCCAGGGACGGUCAAUCCCGAACAGUACGGCAAUUCCAGUUUACAGACUGGCCAGAACAAGGCGUGCCAAAAUCAGGAGAAGGCUUCAUCGACUUCAUAGGCCAGGUGCAUAAAACCAAGGAACAGUUUGGACAGGACGGGCCGAUCUCUGUCCACUGCAGUGCGGGAGUCGGCAGGACCGGCGUGUUCAUAACACUUAGCAUUGUCCUGGAGCGGAUGCGGUACGAGGGUGUGGUGGACAUUUUCCAGACAGUCAAGAUGCUGAGGACACAGCGGCCAGCCAUGGUGCAAACAGAGGAUGAAUAUCAGUUCUGCUAUCAAGCUGGCCUGGAGUAUUUGGGGAGCUUUGAUCACUAUGCAACGUAAAAAGCCAUCUUUCCACAGUUUUUACUGCCCCACCUCAGUCUCUGCUGAGCCAUGGAAAAAGAUUGAAAAAAAAAAGAAGGAAAAAGUGAAAUUAAAAAAAAAAAUGGAAAAGCAUGAACAGGAAAACUUUUAUAUGAAAGAAGGAUAACAUGUUGCUAAUGGGAGGGGAGCAGAGGAGAGGAGAAAUUCCACCAACCCACCACCCCUCGUCUCCCCUCUGGGAAAAUGACGGCUGCAGUCACUGGGGUGAACAGCUUCAAUCUUAGAACUGCUUACUUUUACCUCAAGUGUUCAGACCUGGAGGACAAUAUACAUAUUUUGUGGACAUCAAUUCAAAAAUGGAAGUGAAUAAACAAUUAAAAAAAAAAAAAACUACAGACAAAUAAACAGCAGAUUGAGGA